AUGGUUGAAGUAUGGUUUCAACGCGACCAAAACGCUCCGACCAAAAUCAAUAUAGAUCCUGAUUUAAAUAUUGAUGAUUUAAAACAAAAGAUUUUUGAUGCGACUGAUAAUGAGGAAUAUCAGACGACGUACAGCGGUAAACUAUUAAUACCAUCAGUGAAAGUUCCACAGAACACAACUAAUGAAAUGCCAAUUGUAUUUACUACAGUUGUCAAUGCACCAUCUUCAGAAUUUGCUACACCUGGCACUUGCAAGAAACUUUAUUGUAAAGGGCAUCCUUGUGCCAAGUGCCACAAGUGUCGUGAUUGGCAUUUCACUGGUGAUCAAGACCAGUGGAAUCGGGUUUGGAAUUUCGGAAAUUGGAAAAUUGCGGACUGGUAUCGCUGGAUCUGUGAUAAUUAUUAUCAGCUUUUUACGAAACGUGAUGAUGCAACCUGCCGUCUUGGUGAUCUUCGUGGUUUUCGUUCUUCUGGUUUUCGUUCUAUAAUUUAUCAUCUUGAUAUUAGUCAUGCAUGUCUUUGUGAGAAACACUAA